CCUUUUCAUUAUUCCACCUAAUCUAAUCUCCUCCUAUGAAAAACCUUUUUUUACAUUUCCUCUCGCUCUCUCUCUUGCCUGAAAGAAACCCUUCGAUGUUGAUCCAAUGCCUCUCACAAUUUCGACGGUGACUUUCACCGAUAAAGAAGAGUGCCCCUUUUUUACAUAACACGAACAGAUCUUGCUUCCGCUUCGAUUCAAUCUGUCCCCCCUUUUCUAAUCUGAUAAAUCAGCUUCGUAGGAAAUAAGGAGAGACGGCAUAGAAAUACCCAGAAGAGAGUUGAAGCAGCUGCUAUAUAUAAUUAUAUUUGAUUGGAAGGCUGUUGUUUUUGUGGUGUAGGAAUGGAAUUGGAUAGCAUUGAAUGUGUGCCAUCCUUAGAUUUAACAGAUGAGGAUGAGAUCCACCAUCACCACCAUCUUCAUCAUUUUCCUUCUGUUUCAAAGCCACACACCACCACCACCACCAACAACAACAACAGCAACAGCAAUAGUAAUACCGUGGCUUCAGCUAUACACACUACCAGUGUUCAUGAGCUCCUUGAAUGCCCUGUUUGUACCAAUUCUAUGUACCCUCCUAUUCAUCAGUGCCACAAUGGCCACACACUCUGUUCAACCUGUAAAACACGAGUACAAAAUCGGUGCCCCACUUGUAGACAGGAGCUUGGUGACAUUAGAUGUCUAGCAUUGGAAAAAGUAGCUGAAUCACUUGAGCUGCCUUGCAAAUACAUGUCGCUUGGAUGCCCAGAGAUUUUUCCAUACUACAGUAAACUGAAACAUGAGACCCUGUGCAAUUUUAGGCCAUACAGCUGUCCAUAUGCUGGAUCAGAGUGUGCUAUUGUCGGGGAUAUCCCAUUCCUUGUCGCUCAUCUAAGAGAUGAUCACAAGGUGGACAUGCAUUCCGGGUGUACUUUCAACCAUCGCUAUGUCAAGUCCAAUCCUCGUGAAGUAGAAAAUGCAACAUGGAUGUUAACUGUUUUCCACUGUUUUGGCCAGUAUUUCUGCCUCCAUUUUGAAGCUUUCCAACUCGGGAUGGCUCCUGUUUAUAUGGCAUUCCUCAGAUUCAUGGGUGAUGAGGCAGAGGCCAGGAAUUACAGCUACAGCCUGGAGGUUGGGGGAAAUGGUCGGAAACUAAUUUGGGAAGGCACACCACGGAGUAUAAGAGAUAGUCACAGGAAGGUUAGGGACAGCCAUGAUGGACUUAUCAUACAACGUAACAUGGCACUUUUCUUCUCUGGAGGAGACAGGAAGGAGUUAAAGCUGCGAGUUACAGGACGGAUAUGGAAAGAACAGCAGAACCCGGAAGGUGGGGCAUGCAUUCCCAACCUUUGUAGUUAGGCUGAUUUUCACUUUCUUGCUUUCUACUGCGUGCUCUGUUUCCUGUAAUACUGUUACUAAAACGUGGAUCAUUUUAAGAAUCCUUAUGUAUAAAACUGGGGCCUUAGCUUUAUAAAUUGUUAAUAAACUUCCUGAAGAAA